AGGGGCUUGCCGGGCAUCCUAUCAGUGACCCUCGUGUCCUGGCCACUGGCUACUCCUGAACUGAGCCUGCAGGCCAGACAGGCAUAUAGGGCCUUGGCCCCAUCAGUGCCACCCUCAGUUGGCUCUCUGGAUUUCCCCCGUUGCCCCCCCCUCCAGCCCCCAUGCCCCGGCUCCGGCCCCAGGACCAAAAGCGCUCAUUGGUGGGACGAGCCAGCUUAAGGUUAGUGUCGGGGUCUCCUGCACCCAGCCUGAGGCCAGGGGGAGAGCAGUCCAAGAAGGCCUGUGGGUCGAUGGGAUGACGCGCUCCGCUCCUUCCUGCCCUGGUCCUCGUAGAGGGAGAGGAAAGUAGCCCAGGCCCCUGUCAUCUCUUGAAAAGAUAAGGACCCAUCCAUCUUGCUCCUUCCCCCACCCGGGAGGGGGCGAGGGCCCUACCCUGGCCAAGCCACCUGGGCCCCCGGGCCACACCCCGCACCUGCUCUCAACGCCCGGCCACCAGCAGGCCUUGCGCAAGUGGGAGUGAGGCGCCCAUCCAUCUCUUUCGGCCUCCUCCUCCUCCUCCUCCUCCUCCUCCUCCUCCUCCGCCGGCCCUGACCCCUGAGCCGGGUUUCCUGGCCUCGUCCAGGGACAGCUUCUCCCAUGACGCGAUCGAGUCGUCGCUCCAGGCCUCAGGGCGAGAUAAAAGGACUGUGCUGACAGGGGACGGAGGGAGCAUCGGAAUGGCCUUCAGGGCACAGGCGCGAGGGUGGCGGGCCGGGCCCUGGCUGGCCUUGAGCAGGGCACCCACACUGGGCACCCGAGCCGCUCCGGCCCCCAGGGCGGUGCUGCCCUUCGAAGCCGUGCCCCGCUGUCCCGGCAACAAGUGGAUGCGGGUGCUGCAGAUCUGGAGGCAGCAGGGCUCUGAGAGCCUCCACCUGGAGAUGCACCGCACCUUCCAGGAGCUGGGGCCCAUUUUCAGGUAUGACGUGGGAGGGACACACAUGGUGCACGUGAUGCUGCCCGAGGGCAUGGAGAGGCUGCAGCGAGGGGAGAGCCCUCAGCCCGACACUAGCCCCUGGGGCUUCGGAUGCGCACACCCCCACCCCCCGCCUCGCCUCGCUGUCCAAUCUGUUAGCCCCUGUUGUCUUCUGCCCCCUGAGGAGCUGCCAACCUCGGAUCCCCGUCGUGCUCGGUGCCAUCUCAAGGGCCAUACUCUGUGCCUGCAGUGCUCUCGCCCAGCAUAGAUCUGCAGGCGUGGCCGGUAGU